CUAGCACCGAGCGGACCCGCCGCCAGAGACGUUCAAGCUUCACAUGGCAACACAGCUCAAACUUCUUCGCUCGUCAAAUGUCCUUUAUCUUUGCAGUUGAGUUUGCGAAUUGGUCGCCAUGUUCUUCCUUGCCGCCUCGAGACAAGCUGUGCGCUGCGCUGCGAGGCAGCAAUGCCGGAAUUUCAGCAGCACGCCCGCUGCGAGGGCGGCCGCGGCCGAGGUGAAGAAGUUGGGCGUUAUCGGUGCAGGACAGAUGGGCCUAGGCAUAGCACUCGUUGCCGCGCAGAAAGCCCAAUUGCCCGUCAAGCUCAUCGACAACUCGCAGGCCUCGCUCGAUAAAGGCCUCAAAUUCGCAGACAAGUUGCUGGCAAAGGAUGUCAGCAAGCAGAGGCUCACACAGGAGGAGGCGGAUGCGACGAGGGCACGUCUUACGCCCGGGACUUCUUUGGAGGACCUCUCGGACGUCGACUUCGUCAUCGAGGCGGUACCUGAAAUACCCGACCUCAAAGCCCAAAUCUUCUCCCAGCUCGCCAAAAUCUGCCCCUCGCACGCCAUCCUUGCGACAAACACGUCCUCCAUCAGCAUCACCCGCAUCGCCGCCUCCACCACCACCGACCCCAACGACCUCUCCGCCUCCUCGCGCGUCGUCUCCACCCACUUCAUGAACCCAGUGCCCGUCCAGAAGGGCGUGGAAAUCAUUACGGGCUUGCAGACUUCCCCGGAGACGCUGGCCACGGCUAUCGAACUGUGCAAGCGCAUGGGCAAGAUCCCUUCGACGUCGGCGGACUCUCCUGGGUUCUUGGCGAAUCGGAUUUUGAUGCCGUACAUCAACGAGGCGAUUAUCUGUCUGGAGACGGGCGUAGGGACCAAGGAGGAUAUCGACAGCAUCAUGAAGAAUGGGACGAAUGUGCCCAUGGGGCCGCUGCAGCUGGCGGAUUUCAUCGGUAUUGAUACAUGCUUGGCUAUUAUGAAGGUGCUGUAUGAGGACACGGGGGAUAGCAAGUAUAGACCUGCGGUGUUGCUAAGGAAGAUGGUGGAUGCGGGCUGGCUGGGGAAGAAGAGCGGCAAGGGCUUUUAUGAUUAUACGUCGUAGACAUGUAACGGUAUUCUGCGUAGGAACAUUAGAAGAUCACUUCUGCGUGUCAGAAGUUUGAAAUGUCUAUUGGAUGCC